AUGCAGAGAAAGUUUCACUUUCUUGUCAAAAACAAAGCCACUGCUAGUGCUGAUGGGGGUACAAGGUUUACGUGUGGAACUCAAUUCUCAAGGAAAUCAGUAGGGUCGGCCUUCUCUUGUGUCAUUGGAAACAAGACAACACCGCGUGGCAAGCAUGCUUCCAAACUGAAGAAAAAAAAGGAGCCUAUUGGCGACUCAGGGAACGGAAAAGCUGCAUUGUCUCAGCUUCUUGCACUGGAGGAGACUGAUCAUGCAGGAGAUGCAAAGCAGAACAGAAAGGAUAGGCAACGUGUGAAAAUGAAUCUUCCUUUGAUGAGCUUUCUGAAAAAGAAGAGAGGAUGGAACAAUUUCAUGAGGGCUAGAUUUAGUAGUGGUGUGCAUGGUGAUGGCAGUAAUGUUGUUACCAAGUUCGGACAAGUGAAGAGGAAGGCAAGUUUACGCCGCUUGGUUAGGGUUCCCUCUAAAAUACUGGUCCUUCGCCUCAAGUUGAAGAUGAUAAAGUGCCUGAUUAUAAAGAAAGCGCCAAAGCAGUUUGAACAGAGAGCUGAAGAUGAAGACAGAGAACUAUGCAAAAAGAGGAUUCUCUUGGGAGAGAGAUGCAGGCCAUUGAGUUCUCCAAGUCCAGGUUACGAUACAAGUAAUUUUUUCUAUCCAAGAAAUAGUUACACUUGACAAGGGCACAAGGCCAUUCCUGAUCCCCCUUUUCGCUUCUUGGCUUCGAUUGCUGUUGCCUCUGUUUUCUAUUUCUCCUUUUUAAAUAUCCUUCAGAAAUAUAUCGUAAUAUUCUUUCUUUGUAAACAUCCUUUAGAAAUAUUUCGUAUCUUGGGCUUGGCUUUUGCAUGGAAGAUCAUGUAUUUUUUGUACUUGGUAAUCGGUUAUCAAUUAAUCAUUGUAAUCUUUAUUUUCCUUUCU